CCAGAGGCGGGGUCCCAGGUUCCCUGAAAGGCGAGCGCCCCGCGGGACCCACCCAGUCCGCGCGCCUCCCGGUUCCCGCCGUCCGUCCGUCCGCCCGCGCCGCCGCCGCCAUGCCCAAGUGCCCCAAGUGCCAGAAGGAGGUGUACUUCGCCGAGCGGGUGACGUCCCUGGGGAAGGACUGGCACCGGCCCUGCCUCAAGUGUGAGAAGUGCGGGAAGACCCUGACCUCGGGGGGCCAUGCCGAGCAUGAAGGCAAGCCCUACUGCAACCACCCCUGCUACGCGGCCAUGUUCGGACCCAAAGGCUUUGGUCGAGGUGGCGCUGAGAGUCACACCUUCAAGUAGACCCAGGUUGUGGAGACCCCACCCCUGGCUGCCCCCUGGACCUGGACUGCUGCCCCUCCAGGCUGAUGCCCAGCCGUAACUCCUGGGGCUCCACAGACCCCACGCCCUCAAUAAACCCGAACGGGAAGCCUG